AUGGAACGAAAAGAAUUACUGGAGCCGUGUUUUGUUGUGAAUAACGACAAUACACGCGGCACGAACGAACAAACGUCGGAUAUAUGUGCGUAUGUAACAUGUAUCAAAAAAUAUUACAAGAAAAGACAAGCACCGCCCCGUCGCUUCAAAGUCCGUAGUUUUUGUCCGUCCGUCGUUGUGUCCGCCACCCGUCGUUAUCGAAAAUAG